AUGGCAAGACAGCAGCCUUCGAAGGCUCAUCUCUUCGCCGUCGCAGAGUCUCUAAGCCAUGAUGGACGACGACUACCUCUCCCUGACAGCAUCUGGCUGUCGCGUGCAGUCGCUAUGGCUCAGACUUUUGCAAUUCCGUUUGCGUUUUAUUUCAAAUCGGUUGUGGUUUUUAUUGCUAUGUCGUGGCUGUUCUACCGAGCAUACCAGGUCCUCAACAAGCCGCUUGAAGAACUCGCCGGCCUACUUGGUUUCGAUAUCCCGUCUUGCCCGAUUAUCGACUUGGCUGCGAUCAAAGCAGAUGGAGCGAUUGUGCACUGGAAUCUGGCGGAGAAGCAGAAGCAUAAGAGCACGCAUAGGUUUGAGGUUCACCUGAACGGGAACCUGAUCGAUACGCUGUCUAUCCAUGAGUCGGCUGCGACCAUCACUGGGCUUCAGCCGGGAUGCUUCUAUGUGGUGAGGGUGUCACUGGUCAACAACAUGGAGUUCAGCUCCAAGAGCGCUCCCAUUCGUUUCCGCACGAAGCACGCUACCACGGGCGACUUCUUCGUUGCUGCGGCAGACGGGAACGAUCCAGAUACCGACGGCGCUCAGGAACCUGUACCGAGAGUAAGAGCAUAUCGUGGGCUAAAGGAUAUAACAUCUCCCCCAGCCGACGCUGUGCCAAUGACUCGAGAAGGAAGCACUGGUCUUCUGCCCAAGCGGAGUGUGGCCGGACGUCGUGCCUCGCCAAGUGCGCUCGAUCUAGAGAGGCACAACUCCACGAUUGACGAAAGCGAUGCGGCGGAAGGCGCAGAGACGAUUACCCAGCUGACGGAGAAAUUGGAUGCCAUUCGGCGGGAGACGGAGGAGAUAGAAAAGCAAGCGAAAGAGGAGGAAGAGGAGGAAACGCAGCAAAAAGAGGAACUCAUCAAGGAGCGGGACGAGUUGAAAGCAGAAGCCACGGAGAAGGAGAGAGUGAGCAGAAACUUGAAGAAAGAGCUUAAAACGCUCGAAGGCCAGAACACCCACGCACAAAACGAACGCACGAAGCACGAACGGAUCUUGGCACAGAAGAAGCAAGAGCGUGAGAAGCUCAAAGAGGACAUGAUCCGAUGGGCGGAGGAGGCGGAGAAGCUGAAAGAGAAGCUGAGACAGGCUCGUCAGGAAAAGGACAAUUGCAUCACGAUCGCGGAGGGCGAGAAGGAAGCUUUGCGCAUGCAGCAGGCGGAUGAGGUGGCUGCCAUCAAGGCUCUGGACGAUGAGGUCAAGGAGAAGAGCACAGAGAUCAAGAAGCUGGAGCGCUCAAUGAAGAACUACUCUCCCAGUGGCGCUGAGCCUGAGCCAAAUCUCGUGCAGCAGCUUCAACAUGAUGCAGAGGAGAGGCGGGAAUGGGAGUUGCAUUUCAAGAGCCUUCAGCAACAGUAUGCGCUAGCCGCGCAGAAUCUGGACAAGACGAGACGCAUUCAUGCCGAGCAGCAAGCGUAUCUAGAAUCUCUGCGAGCUCGACGACGGCAGGAAGAGAGUCAGCAUUUCGCCUCUCCGCCUACGACGGAACGCCCUCUACGACGUGGAGAUAGCCAACGAAGUCGACGAGCUCAAAGUGGACCCAGUUCUUCGGACAGCCCCCGGGUGUCUGCAUUCGCUUUGACCUCUGCACCUUUCGCCUCUGGGGCCACAAGCACUGCGCCAAUGUUCCCGGGCAAUCAGCAUAUCAACUUCUACAACGGCAUGACGAUCAAUCGCCCGACGGAUGAGCUGGCAAUGUCAGCCGAAGACCGAGAUGCUUUGACCGCUGGUGCUCCCAUGAGUCCGAACGCUGCUGCCGAACUGCUUCCUACAGAUCUUUUCGGUGAUGGCGACUUCAUCAAGCCCUUACCGGGGUUGGGAGCACUCCCGGGCAUGCCAAACCUCGCCGCGCCGGCCGCGAGACUCGACGAUUCAGGCGGCCUUGUUCCUGCGUCGCCAGUCUCUGGUGACAGCAGUAGCAGAUCUGCGAGUGUCUUUGCUAGUCCACAAGUCAGCCAGCCCAAUCUGCCGCUAGGAUCUCCUGAAGCUGCGUUUGUAGAAACUGAUGGACGUUCCAUACGCUCCGUGCGAUCCAAUCGCGCUCCUAGUGGUGGCGCGGCUAGCAGUCGUUUUAGCGGCAUGUUUGGGAUACAGCGAAGGGCCAAGACAGCGUCUGCUGACGAGGGGCCUGCUCUCAGCAAGGCCAAUUCAAUGCCACGGCAGGAUGGUGGCAUCCCUGGACUGGACUCUGCGUCGCGUAAACGGAACAGUAGUAUUUCCGGCUCAAUGCUCAGUGGCACUCUAGGUGAUGCUUUCGACCCUCCUCCUCCAAUGCCUGCUGCGUCCAGACUGAGUAGAUUCAACCCUUUCGCAAGCAGGGCACCAGCACAAUCGACUGGGGCUUGGCCUACUAGCUUUGGUGGAUUUCGUCGUCGCCCUGGAUCUCCUCGUCCGGGCUCAACUCAUUCAAACGAGCUGCCACGGCCUUCGUUCGACAGCACACGAUGGGGUGCAGACGCUUGGCCUUCGGCUGAUGCGGCUAGUGGUGCACGAAGUAGCCCUCUUGCGUUUGGUGCUGGCUGGAAUGCUCCCUCAUCACAGCAGUCUCGAAUGCUUGGAUCGCGACAUCCUUCUCGACGUCCAUCUGCGCAGCAUGGCGGCAGUGGGCCUCCAGACAACAUCAUGGAAGAUGAAGGGUCCGAACCUGAUUCUGACUCUGAUAUUUUGGACUCAUCCAAGGCGGCAAAGCUCGGUCCCAUCGGAACAAAACCACCUCCAGGCUCCAAGAAAGCCGAAAAGGCCCCUGCCAACGAUGCUCCCAAGUUGAACCCUGCAGCCAAGGACUUCAAGAGUUUCUUUUCAGGAAUGUCGUUGACCAAGAGCAAGACCAGGGACAAGGACAAUGCAUCGACUGUCGCUUCGUCAGCUUCUGGCACGCCCAAUCUGCCCCAGCAAGAGGACCAUGAAGACAUGUCUCCUCCAAAUUCUCGGAAGAGCAAAGACACUCGCGAUACACGAAGCAUGACGACGACUGAAUCCUCAAUCGCCGAGUCUGGUCGCAACUCUCAAGAGUACCUCGCGCGAACACCAUCAUACACCAAUUCAGACGCCGCAGCCCCAUCGCCACUUUUGUCCGGAACCUCAGCAGGCAAGGAAUCAUUCAUGCAGAAGCUCUCCCGCAAGUCAAGUUCCAGCAAGUUCACACUCCCUACCUUCAAACGCGAGAAGUCCCGACUCGACACCAAUGUCGCACCGAGCCCUGCGCCUGCUGAGGAAGACGAGCAUGAGAAUGAAGGUUCACUCAGCGCGAGUGUCUCUUCUGAGAAAUUCGCUCCUGGACGUGAGAGUAGGGAGCACGCGCGUGGUAGUGGCAGGAAUUGGAGCAAUGUCCUCAAGCUUGGAAUUGGGAAAAGGGGGAAUGAGACGCCGAGUUUGAGCGGUAUGAGUAUGACUAGUGCUGGUGCUGAUGGUACUGAUGAUGAGGCUGGUGGUCAUGGUGGUGGUAGGGAUGAGUAGGCGCUCGUCGUUGUAGACGGGGUUAUCUUGGAACAUCAUCAUUAUUAUUAUUAGGAGAAGUGACUGCUUUCCGAGCA